AACGCGUCAUCAAAGAGCGCCAAUGUAGCUAGCAUGUUAGGUAGUUUUAUUAGUCGUUUUUAAAGUUUUUUAUUAUUAUUUAAAUGUGUAAUUUCGGUAUUAUUGAGAUGAAAGUGUAUAGUUAAUUCAGUUAAAAACAACAACAACAACAACAACGUUAAUCAUGUGUCAGGUUGACGAAGAGUACGAUAGCGUCUUAGAACAAAAAUCUCUGCCGGCGGUAUCAAAGAAAUGCAUGAAGUGCAAAGAGGGCACUGCAGUGCUCAUCAUUCGAGUGGGAGAUGCCUUUUGUAGGGGCUGUUUCAAGGAGUACUUCAAACAUAAAUUCCGGGCCAUGCUAGGGAAGAAUCGUGUUAUCUUUCCCGGAGAGAAGGUGCUGCUGGCUGUUUCUGGAGGACCAGCAUCAAGCUGCAUGCUAGCACAAGUUCAAGAGGGUUUAAGUCGGGAGGCACCCAAGAAGUUAAGAUUUAUGCCUGGCAUUAUCUACAUAGAUGAGGGUGGUGUGUGUGGUCAGAAUGCUGAGGAGAGGGAGAAGGCUGUAGUUCAGUUGGAGAGUAUCUUCAGAACAACUGGAUUGCCGUACCACAUCGUCCCACUGGAACAGGUCUUUACUCUUCCCGAGUCAGUACUCAAGCCUGUGUAUAGACGGGAGCAGCCCGGAUCCAGCUAUAAAGCAGCAGUGGAUCAGCACAUUCAGACUGAAGUAACCCAGGGCCAUGGGAAGCCUACAGUGGAGGAAUCCCAAGGUGCACUAGGCCAACUUAGCCUGCAGGCCUCCACAUACAAGCUUGAACACAAAUUGGCUUUGGAGGGACUCUUCUCCACUUUGAAAACCUUAACAGCCAAACAGGACAUGCUGCACACCCUGAGGCAGCACCUGAUACUGCACACUGCCCGAAUAAACGGCUACACCAAGGUGAUGUUAGGAGACAGCUGUACACGUCUGGCCAUCAAGUUGCUCACUAACAUCUCUCUGGGACGAGGGGCAGCUCUGGCAGCUGAUACGGCUUUCUCAGACUCGCGGUACGGUGACGUGGUGAUGGUGCGCCCCAUGAGGGAUUACUCCUCAAAAGAGAUCGGCUUCUAUAACCGGCUGUUUGAAGUACAGUCUGUCUUCAUCCCAGGCCUGGACACCAAGACUGCUGAUAAAGCGAGUAUCCAGCGACUGACCGAGAGCUUUGUGGUCAAACUCCAGGCUGACUUUCCCUCCACUGUCAGCACUGUGUACAGAACAAGUGAGAAGCUCCACACAGCGUGUCCUCCUCAGAGCUCUACCACAGAACCUGCUGCUAAGUGCCUCCUCUGCCUCUGUGCCCUCGACACCAAAGCAGACGAUGCCUCGGCGUGCCACGCCACACUGAUGUCGGAGCAGCUGUCUCGGGGUACAGUGGAGAAAACUGGCCGAACUGAUGCGGGCUGUUGUGAGGGGCAGAAACAAGCUUGUGGGGAUGGAGGUUGCUGCUCCACAUCCAGGGCUCCUGGAGCUACAGACCUGAGGAGUCUCCUGUGUUACAGCUGCAGACUGACCAUUAAAGACAUGACAGCGGUGGACUCCUUGCCGCCGUAUAUAUCAUCUGAGGCAGAGAAACGCCAGAGGAGGGCUGCGAUGAAGAAGGAAAUCGGCGAGUUCCUAUUAGAGGACGGAGGCGCAGAUGACGAAUAGCUGGCCGGAUACGGUGUUUAUUUAUCGUAUCAGCCAAGCGAAGGUCACGGUUCAGUGACGUACACCAUGAGGAAACGUUUGGCAUUUUAUUGCACAGAUGGCUUUAUACAAGACCAUUUUAUUUAACUACAUAUCGACCUCUGUUUUAUAUCAAUUUGAUUUUGUUGAACUGAAUAAAAUCCAAACCCAGUUCUGCACUAUCUAACUGGUUAUUAUGAAAGUACAUGAUGUUUUAUUGAUCACUUUUUAUUAUGGCAAUAAACUGCAGCAUUUUUAUGGCAUGUACUGCUAGCCAAUGCUUUAUGAAGGGUAAAGGAAGGCAGGAAUCAUUAUGCAGAUGUGUAUCGCUGAUUUUAAUGAUAGAUUUGGUAAAUUUGAAAAAUGGCUGUCACCAAGAAUUUUCAAUAAUCACAUUUUUGAAAGUAGAAAAUUACGAAAAUAUGAAUAAAUAUAAAGCAGAAAGAUCUUUUAAAAGACAUUUAACCUGUAUAGUAAACCCUCCAGCCACCGUUGAUUUAGUUAGUUGGCACAAUUGUAGCUAAAUGGCAAAGACAAGUGAAAAUAAAUGUGUAGAAUGACACUGUCCAUAAAACAUCAUGUAAUAGUCAUGUAAUAUGGCAGUUUAGACAGAUUUUAUCUAAAGUGUCAUUUCGUUUGCAACAUGACAGCUGUUUAAAAAAACAAACAAACAAACAAAAAAACACAACUUAGUUUCCUUCUUUAGUUUUGCACUGGAGCUAUAAGGCUAAGUAGCCAACAAGUAAUGAGUCUUGUCGUACCCAAAAUGUUUGCCUGUAAAUAUGUCUCAAGUUGCAUCCAGUUGAUCAGUGAUGUGGUUUAGAACCCACUGUGAUGUACUAUAAUCCAUAAACAUGAACAGGAGGUGGGCGAACCCUAACUUUAACCCCCCCCCCCCCCC